UUGAUUGGUCAAUUGAUCCAACAUGUCUGCCAAUGUUCUGGCAUGUUCCUGCGAGGACAGCGUCUUUUGCGAAUAACUGCCAUUCCAGUCUUAUAUCGGUGUAUUAUUUACAUGUGAUACAACACAUCUUAUCUUCAUUUAUCAAAAAUUCGAUAAAGGAUCAGACAUGCCGCUUGCUAUUCGGGAUUACACGUGGGACGAAACAGAAAACGCCGUGUUCAUUACCGUUCCAUUGAAAGGCGUGAAGUCUCAUAAUGUGAAUAUUUUCUCUACUGAAGAAUAUAUAAAGGUGAGUUGCCCUCCGUAUCUGUUUGAGUGCCUUCUCUUUGCUGAAGUGGAUGACAGGAAGGGUGUAGCACAAGUUGGAAAUGGAGCAGUUGUCUUCAAGAUAUUUAAAAAGGAACCGGGCAUUUGGGGCCAGCUGUUUUCUGAUGAUUUUACAAACAAGGAGGUGAUGAAGAUGAAGCGAGAGGAAGCUCUAGUCAGAAGUCAGGCCAGAGCAGAGGAAGAAAAGUCAGAGAAAGAUGAGAGGAAACGUACGGAUGGAAAACUAGCUCUCAAUGAAAUGAUGAGGUUAGAAGAACAAGAAAGGUCUAGAAUUGAACAAGUAAAGCAAGAUGAAAUCAAGAAAGCUACAGAUGACUUGGAGAGAUGGAAAGAUGAACAAAAACAGUUGGCAGAACAGGAGAAACAGAGAAUCAUCGAGGAGCAGAAAGCUGCAGAUGCAGUACUCCGAGAGGAACGUAAGAAAAAUGAAAGGAAGAAUAGGAAGAACAAGAGUGCCAUGAUAUUUGAGGAGACAGCAGGUGGGAUACCCAAGAGAGAGGUGGGGAAGAUUGAAGUGUCCUUCACGGCUCGAGUGUUCCCGACGCCAGUUAGGGAAUCACAGACACCGCAGGAGGACGAGUGGCUAAAGAAACAAGCAGAGUCAAGAAAGAUCUUGGAAUUACAAGAUAAAGAUUUAACGGAGGAAGAGAGAAAUCCCAUGUUUCUACGUGAUAAGGGAAAUGGAUUUUUCCAGGCCGGGAACUUCCAGAGUGCCAUCAAUGCAUAUACACAUGCUCUCCGACUGAAUCCCAAAAUGCAUGGCUUGUACUCAAAUCGUGCAGCUUGUCAUCUUAAAUUGAGAAACUACUUCAAAUGUAUAGAGGACUGCAGCAAGGCUAUGGACCUACUGCUGCCACCCGUACCACAGAAUGCUGCCAGUCGUGUGAAGGCCCUCGUCAGGAAGGGUACGGCCUUCUGUGAGCUCGAGAUGUAUGUGGAAGGACUACAAGACUACGAGGCUGCUAUGAAAAUAGAUCCCAACAACGAACAGUUGAAGUCAGAUGCUGAAAGAAUACGACAAGUGAUCCAGAGCAGUUCUGGCAGUUGAUGAUAUUCAGGAUCUAAUAGGAAAACCAAAUAUAAAUUUUAUGAUGUUUUGCAGCUUGACAUCCUGCAAAAAUAGCAAACUGAAAGAUUUUAAGACUAAACUAUCAUCCGGAGUAAGUGUCAUGCUGAAGGUGAGACAUUGUCCUUGUUGAGAAGACUUAAGUUCUGGAUAAACACCCAACUUGCCAGUGAAAAUCGUGGCCAAGGACAAUUGUUUUCAUUAAACAAAACAGUUUCAAAGACAUGUGAAGUUUUUACAAUAAAACCAUGCAAUGAAAUUUCCCUGAUCAAGAGAUUAUCAAAUUGACAAUGUGACAUCAUUUGCACGACUAUUAGCUUAGAAUUCAUAUAUAUUUGGCAGAAUUAACGGAAAAGAUGCUUUUUAAGUUGUUUUAAAUGCUCUGUUCCUUUAAAGCAAAAUCUUGUGCAAUGAAUCCUGUUUUCAUGAGUAUCAUAUUUGACAGGAAGUAAGCCCCAACCCAUAGAGAAAAAAAGAUAGACAAAAAAGUAAGCCUCAGUUAGUAAUGACGAGAUCACAAUAGUAGUCAAAUGACAUUUAGAUGGGGCUUUCAGUUCAUAUAUAUCAUUGUCAUCCGGUUGUGACGUCAUGAUAGUAAAGGUGUGCUCUCUAUGGGAAAUGAGUAUGUUACAUAUGUUUAGGUGUGGGAAAAUUAUCUCCUGAAUCUUACUCUUGCCAGCUCCAAGUAGAAGUGCAAAGAAAACAUAGACUAUACCAUUGAAUGUAACUCAAAUUCAUACCUCAACUUCUUAUUCCUGAUUGAGGAAACUGCUCCAGAGCAGAAAGGUGUAUUUCUAAAUCAAUGAUUAGAAUAAUGUUUUGGGAAACAGUGGUUCCUUACAAGUAGUGGGUGGUUGCCAGUUGCCAUGGUAUCACAAACUAUUGCUUUGUGUCAGGUUUAAAUAGUUGGUGGUAUCAACACUUUAAGUUAUAUUUACUAAAAACUGUUGCCAGUAUUUGUAGUCGAUUUAGUGAUAGGGGGCGGGCUUAUUAAAGGAGAGUAACAUAGAAUUUGUUGACAUUUCUACAUAAAUGCAAUAGAUAUGGUGGGCUUAUUACCAGGCAUGGGCUUAUUUCCCACGAAAUGUGAAAUGAUAAAUGAAAUAGUCAAACCUGUAUAAGGAUACCACUCUUACUAAGAAAUCAAAAAAUGGUCUCUUAACGCAUUUUAUUUUUCUGAAUACAAGUUCAGUUCAUGAUUGUAUCACUGUUAUUGGGAACAUUUGAGGUGGUAACUUAACACAGGUGGUCUCUUUAUACAGGUAGUCACAUGAUCAAUUGUGACUGGAUAUGAUAUUUAAAUAGGAAAGGCAUUAAAGCUGUGGAUGAGAUGUUAAUGGUUAACUCAUUCACCCCUACAUAAUUAAACUGGACUUCCCCAGCCUUUAAUUUGGUAAGGUUCAAGAGUGACUUUAGGGGUGAAUGGGUCAAUAAGGCCAACAUUUUUGUUUUGAUC